GAGACCACACAAACCAAGAAAGUUCCUGCUUAAUUUCUGUUGUUCCUCUCCCACAAUAAUAUCUCUUCAGUACAGAUGUGAGGUACUUGGGUAUAGAUAUUUACAGCAUAUCAUUUAAUAUUUUCUUUAAUGUGACAGCUGUAGCUACUUUUUCCACAAAGACAAUGAGCUUUUUUAGUACAUUGUGGUAAAACUAAUAUUUUUAAUGAAUGGCUUUUGACCUAGAGUAUUUUCACACUGUGGUAUUUCCACUUCAAUUGAGGUUAGGGGCAUGCAGACCUGUCCCACCACAUAUUUCAGCCAACACUGCAACAAGAAAUGCUAAUCUCCCUCAUUCCCAUUCAACUCUCCAGUUCCCACAUUCCUCAGGUGGCACUGCUCUGUGUGAGUGUGUGUGUGAGAGAGAGAGAGAUACAGAGAAGUCUGUGUGUGUGUGUCAGUGUGUGUACUCUGACCCUCUAAGUGCAGUAUAUAUAUUGGGCUCUUUCAGUCACUCGGUCUUCCUGAAGAAGAGCAGCGUGUUUUCCGGUCUUAAAUAAUCUUUAGAUGAGUUUAAGAGAAGCCAGCGGUGGCAGCAUGGAGCUGGGGGAGAGCACCAUGAACCCGGGGUACCAGGAUGCAGAAGGCGGGGGGUCAGCGGCGGACCAGAACCAGGACCUGGCGGAGGAGUACACGCAGAUCAAGCCGUACGCCGGUAUGCCGAAGGAGGUGCUGCUGCUGUACUCCUCCCAGGCCCGGUAUCGCGUGCCCCGGGAGAUCCUCUUCUGGCUGAUUGUGGCCGGCAUCCUGGCUCUGGUGGCUCUCACCGUCACGGUCAUCGCGCUGUCCCCGCGCUGCCUCAGCUGGUGGCAGGCCUCCCCGGUGUACCAGGUGUACCCCCGCUCCUUCAGGGACUCCGACGGGGAUGGGGUGGGAGAUCUGAAAGGAAUUCAGGAGCAGCUGCAUCACUUUGAGUACCUGAACAUCAAGUCAGUGUGGAUCAGUCCUUUCUACCGCUCUCCCAUGAAGGACUUCGGCUACGAUGUGGAAGAUUUCCGGGCCAUCGACCCUCUCUUUGGGACCAUGCACGACUUUGAAGAGCUCCUGGCUGAAAUGCACAACAAAGAUCUGAAGCUGAUCAUGGAUUUCAUUCCCAAUCACACCAGUGACCGACACCGCUGGUUCAACUUGAGCCGGACUGGAGAUCCUCACUACAAGGAUUACUACGUCUGGACCGACUGCAAUGCAACUGCUCCAAAGCCCAAUAACUGGGUGAGUAUUUUUGGGAACUCGUCAUGGACUUAUGAUGACUUGAGAGGACAAUGCUACCUGCACCAGUUCUUUAAAGAACAACCAGACCUGAACUUCAGAAACCCACAUGUCCGCCAAGAGAUCAUCGAUAUUAUCCAUUUCUGGUUGGGGAAGGGAGUGGACGGGUUCCGGAUGGACUCUGUGAAACACAUCCUGGAGGCCGAACACUUGAGGGAUGAACCACAGGUGGACCCCAAACAACCUCCCGAGGAUGUGACCACAGAGUGGGACCUCUACCACGACUACACCACCAGUCAGCUGGGCCUGCAUGACAUGCUGAGGGAGUGGAGGGCGGAGAUGAACAUCUACAGCCGGGAGCCAGGCAGAUACAGGUUCAUGGUGACAGAGUCGUAUGAUUACCACGAGGUGGAGAAGACCAUGAUGUACUAUGGCACCCCGCAGGUGAAAGAAAGCGACUUCCCCUUUAACUUCUACCUGCUGGACCUUCCUCAGAACCCAAGCGGCAUGUGGGUUAAACAUCUGGUCCACAUGUGGAUGGGCAACAUGCCCAAGGGACAAUGGCCAAACUGGGUGGUGAGUCAGGAGUCUUUUCACAUCAGCUUUCUCUUCCAUUACCCAAACAUACCCACUCACCCUGCCAUCUUCCUCCUUAACUUUUUUCACCGUCUCCACCUUCUCUUGUAUUUCUUCUACCUCUACUGCAAUCAGGUCGGGAACCAUGAUAAGUCUCGAAUUGCCUCCAGUGCUGGUCAGAUCUACGUUCGUGUCAUCAACAUGCUGCUACUGACCCUCCCGGGCACCCCCACCACCUACUACGGAGAGGAGAUCGGCAUGGAGAACAUAAAUGUCACAGACAGUCAGAUACAGGACCCUGCCGGAAAAUACAACUCCAGUGCCAGUCGGGACCCCCAGCGCUCCCCUAUGCAGUGGAGUGAUGACAUAAACGCAGGCUUUAACACCAAAAGCAACAUCACCUGGUUGCCUGUUCAUCCUGACUACAGUAGCGUCAAUGUGGAGGUCCAGAAGAAAGAGCCAGGUUCUAUCCUGGCUCAGUACCGUUUCCUGAGCACCCUGCGUCAGUCGGAGCUGCCCCUGCACCGCGGCUGGUUCUGCUACGUCCACGCCGACGCUAACGUCUUCUCUUACCUCAGAGAGCUAGAAGGGCUGGGCCGAGCUUUCCUCAUGGUGCUAAACUUUGGUAAAGAAUCUGCCAUCACAGACCUCUCCUCGAUCAGGGAGUUACCGGACCAGCUGAAGGUGCUGAUGAGCACACACCAAGUUAACAGCGGCAAGGUGUUACAAAAGUCUCACAUCCCCACAGAGGUAGGAGAGGGUUUGCUUAUCCAGUACUCCACCCACACCCGGUUUAACCCCACCCACCCUGACCAGUGCUACGUCUCCGAGAAGGCCUGCUAUUUAAGCGCCUUGGACAUACUUUAUAAAUGCUAAAAUGCAUCAUCAAGAUUCUUCUUUGGUGUCUCCUCUGUAAGGGAUUCAUGGCGUGUAAUAAAGAGGAUUGCAGAUACAUC